CUAAAAUUGUUUUUCGUAUCGUGAUUUAAAUUGACUUACAAAUUAAUCAAAAUUCAAAUCUGUAGUGCAUCUUCCAAAUAAUAUAAAAAAAAUGUUUAUCCUGGGCCCCUAAACGUGACAGUGCAGUAUGUUGGCUAUUCUGUCUAUCGCGAAAAUUGUUCAUGGCUUGCUUGGAACGCCAUUUUAUUAACCUUUUAGGCGGGGAGAUAUAAAUUUAUUCAAAAAAUAUGUGCAAACAAUACACUUGUGGAAUACAUGGUCUCGGAUAAUAAAGCGUUAAUUAUGAAAGAAUAUUGAAGAUCCCAGCAAAAUCGGUAUGGAAGAUGGUUUGGACGGUCCUUUGUCGAAUGUGGCGGUACCGGUCGGCUUUAAAAAUGGAGUAGUAGGUCCUGCCAUGGCCAAUUCACCUGAUGGGAAUGCAGCAGAUACCAGAGAGGACAAAACGACUAAUGAACCUUCUAAAGUUAAUGGAGAAAAUAACUCGGACAUUUUUAGUAGUGCAUUUAAUGACUCGUACAGUUCUGAAAGUGAUGCUUUGGUUAUAGAUGAAAGUGUUCCAAAGAAGAAACGUUCUAAAUGUAAGAUUAUCCGGAAAACUAAAGAAAUAUCAAGACGAACCAGUGAAAAAGAAAAUGACAAUUUUUCUCCUAACAGUAACUGUAAAGAAAGUGAAGUAGUGACACAGGAUAAAGUUUGUGUUCCAACCAAUAAUAAAGUCGAAAUCUUUGAACCAACGAAAGAUUUAGAAUGCAGUAUUCCUAGCGAAAUUAAAGAAGACAGUGAAGUUAGUGUUUCACUUAUAGAUCAAACCCCUAUUGUCCUUAAGGACAAUAAAGUCAGUGCAAGUGAUGAUAUAACUUUAGUAGAUCAAGAAUUGGAUUUAAAAGAGAGUGAAGAAAAGUCGAAGGAUAGUGAAAUCCCUGUCAGGGACAAUGAAAUUUGCACAGACAGUGAUAUAACUUCUAAAGACAGUGAAAUUUGUGACGAUGGUGAAGUGGGCACAAAGAUUGUGGGAUACUUUGACCAUGAACAGAUUUUGAAAAAUAGUGAUGUUUACACAGAAGAAGAUACGGUCUUUUCAAAAUGCAAUGAAAUCAGUGACAAUAAUGUGGAAAGCAAUGGGAAUUUGAACAAUGAAGUACUAACACACUCUAAUCCAUUUUUCAAUGCGUCUCUGUUUGAACUUUCCCAGCUACAUCAUAUUGCUGAAGAAAUUCCAGAUGAUUUUCCUCAAAAAGGUGUAGAGGGUAAGUCUGUGAAACGUAAACCCAAGCCAAGGUUAAAAGAAUAUGCUCAAUAUUUGGGUCUUCAGCCUGCAGUGCAAUUUAAGUGUUCAAAAUGUGGAAGGUCUGGCUUUGAAUCUUUUCCAAGUUUGCAGGAGCAUCUGAUUCGCUGCAAUUCAGUGCAAAGUGUGGUAGAGAGAGCUCCUGAGAAUGAAAACUCUUGUUCUGCUUUUAAAUUGACUAGAAAAGUGUUCUUGUGUUCAGCCUGCGGAACCUAUUAUGAAAAUUGGAACCUCUACAUGCAUAUGUUAGAAUUUCACAGGCGGUAUAUAUGUUUAUAUUGCUUGGGAAUGUUUUCCAUAUUAGAAGAUUUAUGCCAGCAUAUUCAGUCAAGGCAUAAUCUGGAACCUGGUGUGAAAAACAGUUUAGAUGAAUUUUUUAGUGUUUACAAUGAACCCUGUUAUAUAAUUUGUUGUGAGUGCAAUAAGCUUUUUAACGAACAAGAAAACUUCUUCUAUCAUAGUUGUAUAACGGCCAGAUCAACAGCAAGGACCAAACCAAAACCAAUCAAACAAUUGAUUACUCCUGAGAACCAUGUGACAGGUGAUUCUGGUGCUGUUCGAAAGGAUACUGAAAGAAAUGAAAGUCUAAGUGAAAAGGAAGCUACCAAUAACGAAACAGUGGAAAGCAUAGAUUCAAAUAAAAACGUGGAUUCUGACAUUGAAAACCAGCCUACACAUCAACAAACGCCAGACAAUGAAGAAAUAAGUCAAAUUCAGAAUGACAGGGAGAAAACUGAAAUUAUGCCAAUUUCUGAAAAUCUGCCACAAAGUGAUCUAAAGGAAAUUAAAGAGUCUAUCGAAAGUGACCAUCUGGAAACAUCUCUUGAAAUUUGCCAGCAAAAAACUUCAAAAGAGCAACUAAGUAAAUGCAAUAUAGAAAAUUUGAAUGACAAUCUAGACAAUACUAUAUCGGAACCAAUGGAUUUUGAGGAAAAGGUGGAAACUAGAAAAGUUCCAAAGUUGUCUCUAAAACUCCCCCGACCAAGCUCUUAUCCCACAGUAGAAGCUGAAGAUAGUGAUGGUAGUGAAAAAUUAAAUAUGGAAGUUGAGAAUACUGAUAAUGAAAUUGAAGCAGAGCAAGAACCAGUUACAGAAGAGAAGCCUCAAAUGCACAUUGCUGGACCUGACAUUUCUGUGACAGAGCUUGAAUUAGAGCAUCCCCUUGACAAAAUUGAAAUUGCAGUUCUUCUGCAAAAAUGUUUAAAAGCCACUGCUGCUAACUGUAUAUAUUGCAACCAUUCCCGUCGAAUAGCAGUAAAUGGAAAACAAUUGGGAUUACAUGCCAUUGGAGAGCAUCGGUACUCAGCAAUUGUAAAAAGCAUUACUGCUGAGGAGCUCAUACCAGAAAGUUUUGUAUCACGAAUAAAGGAAGGCUUGGAAGAGAUGCAAAAUGUGUUUUUCAACUUAGACUCAGGAUUGUCGAAUGAGGCUGUAACAUUCUCUCAUGUGUUUGAGUGUUUCCAGUGCCAUUAUACAACCACUGUGCACAAAGAACUUUAUCUGCACAACAGGAAGUUUCAUUCAAAGAAUCUACUGCUGUGUAUCAUGUGCAAGUCGAACUUUUAUAGUUACAGUGAGCUGAUAUGCCAUCUUUGUCCAGGGGUGUACGUUCUGGACUAUGAUUUGCAGUUUCGUUGCUGCAUGUGUGUCUGUGAUGAUCUGCCCUCGUCUUUCCGUCUAAUGGUACAUUUAAGGAAGAAACACAAUGUGUGUGAUGUAUGCCUAGAGAUGUGCCACAACCAAUACAAAUUAUCUAAUCACGUCUGGAAACACAAGCUUCAUCAUUUUUGCUACCGUUGCGGAAUUGCUUACAGGAACAAACCUGAUAUCACUAGACAUCUAUUCUGGAAACACGGGACUGAGAGUGUGCUCUGCAAGAAAUGCCUGCAGAAAAAAUGGCCACAUGUCUACCACUUUUGUGUGCCUCCUACCUCUUUUGUGUGUGAAGAUUGUAGCAUCACAUUUUCUCGAGCAGUCUCCUUAAAAGUUCACAAAAGACUACAUAGCAAUGAAAAGAAGCAUGCCUGCACCUAUGAAGGAUGUACCGAAACAUUUAUAUCGAAAAAACUUAUGAUCAAACAUGAGAAAAAGCACUGGGAACCAACUGAAGAAGAAAAUCCUGUAGCGGAGGUGAAUGAUGAAACUGAACAUAAAGAAAGUGAGAAAACGGAAGAAGAGAAAGCCAAAGACAGUCUGGAAAAUGAGGAAAUUCAAAAGUCAGUAAAGCCAAAAGUUGAUGUUUAUGAUUUGCCUGAAUUAAAUUUAUCUGAAAGUGAUAGUAGCGAUUCUGAAACUGACACUGAAAAAAUCAAAGAAGCCGCAAGCAAUGAAGCUGAACAAAAAUUGAAAGAGUCAGUAACAGAACCAGAUGAGAAUAAGAGUGCCCAACUGACAGAGGAGGCUAGACCUGUUGAAGAAGAGUCUAGACAAGAAAUUGUUAAAAUUGGUCCUCAGGAGACAGUUGAGGAAGAGGAGAACUCUUCUAAAGUUAUUCAGAACAUCUGGGAUAACUUUAAGAGCUACCAGGCCAGUAAAGAAAAGCUCGACCAAAUGUUUGUAAACCAAGAGACAGAUAAAUAUGAAGACUCAACGUCUGAGAUUCCAAUUCCUCAUGUGGAAGUGCUUACCAUGGAGAUGGCAUUGAUGGAUCACGAUUACUGCAUCGAUCCGGAGAGAAAACAGGUUGAUCAGAGCAUAAUAGAAGUAAAGCCUGCUCUGGAGUCCACAGAGCGAGUAGACCAUGACUAUUGCUUCUUCAAAAGAGAAGGAAAAGAAGCAGAAACUUCUAAACCAGAAGAGAAGUUCUUGACUGACUGUCCUCAACCAGAGGCCCCCAAAAGUACUCAAAAAGAAAUUAUUUCCUCUAGUUCAUCCAGCAGCAACAGCGACAGUUCAAGCUGUUCUUGUGGAUCAAACUGUUCAUGCACCUCAAGCUCCGGUAGUUCUAGUUCCAGUUCUGACAGCUCCGACUCUGAAAGUUCCACCGAACAAGGACAAAAAAAGCAACAGGCAAAAAGACAGAGACGUAAACAAAAAACGACCAACUCAGCAAACGAAGUGGUUAAAAAAAAGGAAACACAAGUCCAAUCUCAGUCGGAACUACUGGGACACCCUCCUGUUGAGGCUCCUAUAGCUGAAUCAGACCUGGACACUAGUGAAAGUGAAACCGAUGAAGAGUUCUAUGAUAGGCAACCACAAAAAUUCGCAAAAAAAAUUUUGGAAGAGAAACGGGCCCAACUGUUGGCUGAAAUGGGGCCUAAUAUGGUUCCCAAUGGGUCAUUCAUAGAGAGCACUAGCAGGCCUCCUACUCCGCCUGCCGGCACCGUUGAGGAAGAAGAGCAACCGAAAAGGAAGAAGAAAACGAAAAAGCGCAAAAAGCGGAAGAACGAGAGGAAAGAUCCUGUCGAACGUCGCACUUACUCCGCGACGUUAAUCAUGGAUCCGCCAACAUCCAAAGUUGCCACACCUCCAUAUUAUCCUCAAUACCAAUCGGUCUCCGUUGCCCCCACAACGCUGUCGCUCUCGCGAAAUUCGCCCAACAUGCUUCAGACUCCGCCCCUCUUGUCGCAUUCAUCAAACGCUCAUGCCAAACCCGAUGCUGUAACCAGACAAGAUUCGACCGAUUCCAACUUGAGGGCGUCGAAGCGCCGUCGAGUCCCCAAUAAAUUUUACGGGUAUUCAAGCGACGAAGAGAGCGAGAAACCGGCUGGCCCCUCACUAUCGAAAAGCCGAAAAUUGGAUGUUGCUCCGGCUUCACCAAAGCUUGUUCCACCUAUAACAAUAAAGACGGGUUCAUCACCACUUGCCGUGUCGCCUCGGCCGCCAACAGUUGACCCUAUCACGGUUCGUCUUCCAAAGGCGAGUAGUGCUCCCAACGAUUAUCGAACACAACGAAAAAGCAUGAUCCCACCAAUUAGGUUGGGCCCGAAGUUUUCGUUGCCACACCCCCGUUACGAUCAAGGCGACACCGGUUCUGAUUCGAACGAAUCUGACGUCGAAGAGUCAGAACCGGCCGAGUCUACGAGGGAAGUGACGAAACCGCAGCAGCCUCAAUUGUACUGUUACUGCAGAUGUCCUUAUGAUGAAGUUUCGGAAAUGAUCGGUUGCGACUCAAACGAAUGUGAGAUUGAGUGGUUCCAUUUUGAGUGCGUCGGCAUCAUGGUACCACCGAAGGGUCAGUGGUUCUGUCCCGACUGCAGAAAAAAGAAACAGCAGCGCAGGGAAAUAAUGUAAUCGCAGUUUUCGUACAGUAACGUGUUCCAAUGUCACAAUGUUUUCGGUCUCAAGAAUAAUUAUUAGUGCUUCACUUGGGUUGUUCCCAAGGAUGAAUCAAUGAAAUUUCGUAAAAAAGAAAGUUGGAUAAAAAAAUUAAGGUGGGAAUUAAUUAAUCUGCCACCAUUGUUAAUUGCUUCACUGCAUGAGGCCAGAAAUAUAAUCAAUUGUUUUCGAAAAUUAUUACUCGCAUUAUAAUUUUAUUAUUGUUUAAUUCAGUCAUCCUAUCCAUGAAGAACAUAAAAAUGGCCCGCUCGGCAAGAAAUAUUUUGAUUUGUAAAUAUAGAUAUUGUACCUGUAAAUAGAGAUCAGCGCUAUGCACAUAAGUGUAAUUUUUAAUAUUCACGAAUGAGUUUUUUUUUCUUAAUUAGGUUUAGUCGUGAUGUAUAAUAUUUCUAUAACCCGCCAAAUUAUUGUAAAUGUGUAAAUAUUUUUAAUUCUAAGUUGUUCGCAGCACAGAGCAGCGGUUUCUUUUCCAAUUUGUGAGUAGAUUUAGAUCUGAAAUACUCCUAAUUAAUUUCAGAAUGUCUAAAGUACAUUUCCAAUAUCUGUUAUUAAAUGUGGAAAAAGACUUUCUUUUUUUUAACUUACUGAAGUUGUUGUAAAAACAGAAACAUACAAUAAAAAUUGCAAGUUUGAAUGAUCAGCAAUGGUUUAUGGCACUCCAAGAAGAGAAGAAUGUAAAUUCCAAAAAGGUACAAUACAAAU